AAUUGUAAAGAAAUAAUAAAAUAAUGUUUAUUUUUAAGAACAAAAAUAUUACAAUUACAUAUUUUAAAAAUUGGAUUUGACAACACUGAUUCUAACUGACAGUGACAGUGACAGCUGCAAGCACCACCCACGCACCACCCACGAAUUCACCCGUGUCUGUGGCCAAGAGACAGCGUAUUGUUUUCAGUUUUCUAUGGCUCUUGCUCUCAGUACGUUCACGAACAUAAUGAAGCAAAGGGGUAGUAAAAUCUUCAUAGUUUCGCGAAUUGCCUAUUAAUCAGUGAUUACUUACUUCGUGAAUUUAAUAAACAAAGUGUUAGUGCAGUGAAAAUGGCUCGCUUGACUGAAGAGAUGGUGAUUGCCCGUUCGAAACAAUCGGAUUUGUCGGCGAUAAAGAAACUGAACUGCUGGGGCGCGGAGCUCGGUGAUGUCACUCUACUAAGGCGGAUGCCCAAUGUUGAAGUCUUGGCUCUCAGUAUAAACAAGAUACGCACACUCGGUGACUUCGCUGGCUGUCGGCGGCUGCGGGAGCUGUACGUCAGGAAAAAUGAAAUCAGGGACUUACAUGAAAUCAGGCACCUGCGUCAGCUGCCAGAACUGACCAGCCUCUGGUUGGAUGAGAACCCUUGUACGCAGCACCCUGAAUACAGAAUGACAGUGCUACGGAAUCUGCCAAAUUUGGAGAAACUGGACAAUGUUCCAGUCCAUCCAGAAGAGGUCCAAGAUGCUAUGCGACGAGGCCAGCACAUACCGGACUCGGACGACGAAGGAUACCCACAGCAGGAAUACGGUCAGUACAGAAGGCAGCGGUCUUGCGAAUCGAGUCCAGAGCGAGAAAGCGAAGCUUACUAUCCCCGUCCCCCUCCACGACAAGAUCAGGGAAGUGACAGUUCAGAGCCAGACCCGGCGCCUGAUCCUGCGCCAUCCAGACCUGAAACUCAGCCAUCACCUCCUUCGCCUCGUCGCGCUGCAUCGCCAGAAACUGACGAAAGAUAUGAACAUCCAGCCAUGACGAGAUCUCACUACGAUGCGCGUACACCUCGUUCCCCAGAGGCCGCCCUUCGUCAUUCCCUGUCAGCGCACAGCGUAAAGGACUACGCGUAUGCAUCGAACGGCGAAUGCAGAUAUAUUUCGUCCCCACCUCACCAAUACCAAGAGCCAUACUUCGAGAGACCGGAAAGACCAGAGUCAUAUCAGCAAGUACCUCAACGUACUAGCGGCAGUGCGGGCGGUACCAACGAGUGGGAGCGGGACAGAGAUAUCGCGCGCGAGCGAGAUAGAGAAUACCCUUCUGCGGUGAUGGCAGAACAUAGGGGGUUUACAAGAAGACCUGUGGCUAGGAAUUCGAAUCUUCUAUCGGCUGUGCUAUGCUUGGUCAAAGAACUAGAUUACCCUAGCCUGGAAGUCGCCGAGAUGGCUGUCAGGUGUCGUAUGGACGAACUUGCUAACAGUCAGUGACCCCGCGCCGGUGCUUCGCCGCCCGAAUCUAAACCUUAAAGCCGAAUUUACAUUGCGAAAUUAGUGGCAUGAAAGUAGUGCCCGUUGACAUAAAUUUUGUCAACAAUGAGGAUCAUUACUAGAUCAGCAAAUCAUCUCAAAGUCAACAGUAUAAUGAUCUAAUAAGCUUUUUUUAAAUAUUCAUUUUAAAUCAUCGAAAUCGGUUCAUUCGUUGUGAUUUUAUAACAAAUUUUAUGGUAGCCAAUAUUCACCGGGGCCGAAACGUGUGACGUCACAGAGCUCGAUCGUGGUUCAAUCCGGUCGAACUUCAGUAGCGUCUUCACGUACGCUCGCGUCCGAGCGCUAGAACUCAAUGACGUCACAGUCACCACGCGGCCAGCCGAAAAAUAGUUUAGUAAUUUGGUCAUAACUUCGUCAAUAUUUGUCGUAAAACAAAAAUUUUACUACUGUAUUUUAUGGAAUCCUUGGCUCUAUAAAUAUGCAUUCUCAACUAAAAUCGUUACGGAUUCUCAUUAGAGUAGCCCUGGAGUUUCACGCGCAUUACUUUGAAGCAAUAGGUUAAAGUACAUCCUUAAAAGAUCAAUAUUUGCUGCUGCAGACCUUUGUUCUUUAAAUUUUAAAAUUUUUCAUGAAAUUAUUGUCAACGGGAUUGUUAUUUUCAUGCCACUAAUUUCGUUAUGUAAAUUCGGCUUUACUCGACAUCACUAGACUCACAUUCGAAUGCCAUUAGUCAAUCAACACUUUACUGUGUUCAAACGAAGCUACAAUUUAAAUAAUAUAUACUCAUACUAGAUAUGUUUCAAUAACCAACCUCCAGUAAAAGUUAAGGAUUCUAUAUUGAAGUGGGACUUAAUGC